CUCUUGGGCUCUUCGUACACCCGCACACCCAGCUUGACAACUCGACUUUGCGUUUUGUACCGAACCUGCAAAGUAUCACCUCUGUCGGUUUAUCAACGCACUUUUCUUUGACCCACCGACCGUCGCGACAUCUGAGUACCAACAACAAAGCCGCAAUCAUGCCUUCCGCGGCGGCUCCGAACGGCGUCGCUUCGUCCGAAUACGACCUGAUGCUCAAACUCGCUCAGCAUCUUGACCGGCACAUGAUUUUUCCCCUGCUCGAGUUCAACGCCGGCCAACUAGUCGACGACGAAAGCGGUGAGGUCAGAGAUGAGGCCAAGGCGCGCGAGAUUACGCAGGCCAAGUACUCGCUGCUUAAAAAGACCAACAUGACCGACUACGUGGCCAACCUCUAUUGCGAGCUGGAGGGCUUGCAGGAGCCGCCUGCCGAGUUUGCCGACAAGAAGCAGAAGGUGUUCAGCCAGCUGCAGAAGUACGAGCAGGAAACGAGCAAAAUCAUCGAGCUUCUCGAGCGGGACGAUGUCGUAAACAACCUGAGGAGCGACAAAGUGGCCAACCUGGAAUACUUGAAGCGGGAGCACGAGGUCACGAUGGACAUGGUCAACGCGCUCUUCGACUUGGGCAACCUCCAAUACAGCUGCGGCAACUACGCCGAUGCGUCCGAGAUGCUGUACCGGUUCCGCGUUCUUUCGACCGACAACGACAAGGUGGCGUAUGCAACAUGGGGUAGGCUUGCCUGCGAAAUCCUAACUAUGAACUGGGAAUCGGCUAUGGAGGAGCUGCAGAAGGUGCGCGAGACCAUCGACUCGAAGCUCUCACAAAAUCCGCUGGCCCAGCUGCAACACCGGACCGCCCUCACUCACUGGGCCCUGUUCCCUCUCUUCAACUUCGAGAAGGCGCGGGAGCCGAUCCUCGAGCUGUUUUUCAACGCUGGUUUCAUCAACUCGAUCCAGGCCAACUGCCCUUGGAUCCUGAGGUACCUCGUCGUGGCCGUCAUCACGAACCGCGGCCGUGCCAAGAACCUGGGCGUGCACCAGAAGCAAAUGAAGGACAUCGUCCGCAUCGUUAAGCAGGAAGCGUACGAAUACCAGGAUCCCGUCACCCGGUUUGUCCACGCCCUGUGCAUCGACUUCGACUUCGAGGAGGCCCAGCGACAGUUGGUGCUGGCCGAGGAGGUCCUCCGGAGCGACUUUUUCCUGCUCGCCCACGCCGACGACUUUGUCGACUCGGCCCGGCACCUAAUAUUCGAGAGCUACUGCAAGAUCCAUGCCCGCAUCUCGCUCACGGACCUGAGCGCCCGACUCGGCCUGGAUGCGGACGCGGCCGAGAAGUGGAUCGUCAACCUGAUCCGCGACACCAGGCUCGAUGCCAAGAUUGAUUACAAGGAGGGCACAGUCGUCAUGAACCACCCGCCAAGCUCGGUGUAUCAGCAGGUCAUCGAGAAGACUAAGGGCGGCUUCUUUAGGACACAGGUCCUCAGCGCGGCGGUUGCGAAAUAAGAGGAGCGAUCGAUGGUGGCUGAGGAGAAAACCUGAGGCACCCAAGCAAGUACUCAGGGAGGGAGGGUACUAUUCGCUGUAUCAGGCUGGUUAUCAUUAGGUCGGGCAGCCAUAUGAUCCAGGUUUUGACGCGCAGCGGCUUGCAGCAGGGCGGGGUGACUGAGGAUGUACUUAUACCUAGGCGGCGCAUGAAAAGGUUAUGAUUAAUGGCUCAAUCCUUAAGACUCGGCGUUGACAAACAUGUGUCCUGUUUGCCUUGUUUCCCUUCACAGUUCCCCGGCUCUCAUGACUGAUGGUUGAUAAUAACGGCCUCGACAACCGAUCAGAUGAGGGCCUCGGUUUACUCCAUACCACUUUCUACUCAUACCUAAGGACGCCAGUCUAUAACGUUACAAUGCUGUCGUUAUCA